AUGGCAUCCACCAAGAAAGACAUGCGCCGGGCUGAUCUGGUUGUGCCCUACCAAGAGCCUGCCGCCAAGGGCGACAGCGCCGACUUCAGCUCGACGCUGUCCUCGACGCUGCCCAUGGCCGCCAUCUUCACCCGCAACCGGUACAUUGGCUGGGCCUCGAUCGUCUUCAGCGUGCAGAGCUGGCUGGGUGAGAGCGAGGAGGCCACCAAGACCAGCACCACACCCGGCUACUUUACCAUUGGCAUGAGCUUAAUGGCCCUCGCAACCACCUAUCUCCCAAUGUUCCUCCCACCGCCGCCCAAUGCACGGGGGACCGGCACUGGACCAGCAGCGCCCGUGGCCGCAUAA